AUGUCUGCAGUCUCAUCGAGGUUCCAAGUUCCUGUUCCUUCGACGGACAUUCUCACCUACAUUUUCGAUUCGCCGCGGAGUCCGAACCAAGGUCACACAGAUAACGAACCGCUAAUUUUAUCUGCUCAGGGGAUUGAGGAGCCUUCUUGCACGUUUAAUCAUCUCAAACAUCUUGUGAAGUGCUUUGCUUCCGGCUUCGGCAAGCGAGCCCAGCCAAGCCCAAGAGUUGUCAUUUACGGGACGUUGAACGUCAAUCUCCCAGCAGUUCUUUUGGGCUCAAUAGGUGCAGGAGCAAGCUGUAACAUUUGUCCAGCAUACCCACUCGCGGAAACGACUGCCAGAUUUCAGACAUUAACUGCCGAUUUUGUCUUUUUUGAACCGCGUCAUCUGGAAACAGUGACAGCGGCAGCCAAGGCUGCUGGUAUUCCCGCUGAGAAUCUAUUUGUUCUGGAUGACUUUGAAAAAUGCGAAGAAUCGAGAUACCCUGUCUCUCAUUGGAGUCUACUUCUUGACCUCAUGGAUGGACCAACCUUUGAGUGGAGAAAGUUAUCUGAAGAAGAAGCAAAGACAACAACAGCCAUGUUCUGUCAUACGUCUGGGUAUGCUCACAAAUUCUUCCGUUAA